GUUUGUUUUGGAUGGGGUGUCUCGGAAGCGGAGGUUUGGAAGUGAUGAAGGCAUGGCUGGUAAUAAUUAUCGUUAGCAUAGUCACUUGGUGGAAUAAAAAGCCACGAUGGAGCUGGGAUGAGUCCAAAUGGCUCUCAGAGCAUGGCCUUGGGAGAUACGAGGAGCUGCUGAGACAGCAUGGCGUGAGUGGUCUGCUGGAUUUCGCCGACGAGCGGCGGCUGAAGUCCAUCCCGAGCGAGCACCGCGGUCCGCUGCUGGAGGCCUCGCGCCAGCUGUUUGACCAGCUGGUGCUGAACUUCUGGCUAGUGCGCCAGCGCCAGGACGACCAGGCCGACUGGCUGCGGUCCCACGGAGUGACCUCGCUCGACCAGCUGUCCUCUGGGGCGGAGGUGGCCGACCAGCUCCUGGCGGGCCUGGCGGAGGCCGCUGCCCGGCUGCCCUCCGGACAGGCCGAGAUGGCCGAACUCAAGCAGCAACUGCUGCAGGAGAUGCGGACCUCGCGGCAUGUCGUUACCCCCACCGGACCACGGCCGCUCACCUGGUGGCGUAACCUGCUGAGCGGCCUGGUGGCCCUGUCGACCAUUCUCCUCUCUGACCUCGUGUACCGCUGGUGGCGGGACGGCGCCGACGGCCGCGCCAUCACCGAGCCGCUGCGGCACACACUGACCGCCCUGCUGCAGCUCACACUGCGCUGCCACGUGCGCCUGCUCUGGGAGGACCGGCGCAGGGUCGGCGGCGUCGUCUCCCUGGAGAUCAAGGUGGAGCGGGUGGACGGCCGGCCGUACGACCUCCGCUCGGACCCGGCCGCGCUGCGUGUCCAGGUUCACGUGCGCGGCGCGCCGGUGGCCUGUGCGCUGGAAUGGCGCGCUGCCGACGAGGUGCGGUGCUCGUUUCCCGCCCGCGCCGCCGGUACCUACUGGAUCUCUGUGAUGUUGGCCGGACGACACGUGGCCGGCAGCCCGUACCGGAGACACUUUCUGGCGGAGCGCCCGGACGCGGACCGGUCGCUGCUGCUGAGCCACAGCAGCACAGCCGUCAUGACGCAGGGCCAGCCGCACAGCAUGUCGGUGGAGCUGCGGGACGCCUUCAACAAUCCCUGCGAGCCCGACGACUGGGAGCAGCUGCGGCCGCUGCUCACCGUGUCUGUCGAGGAGCUGGACACGGGCCUGCCGGUGGUGGCCUACGAGCACCUGGAGCCGGAGCUGGGCGGCCGACGCGUCGGUCUGCGACUCGUCCUCUCGCGACAGGGCUGCUUCAAAGGCACCGUCGCCUGGGACGGACGGCCCGUGCGCGGCGGCUGCUUCCAUGUGGUGGUACUCAGCGCCUACCAUAUGACCUCCAUCAAGAAGAACGUCUCGACGCGCAGCGUGUCGUUCUCCGCGCGGCUGACGUCCGUCGACGGCGUGCCGCUCAACAAGCCCAAGGACGUCUGGUGCUACGUGUCGCCCAAACAGCUCACCAUCCGCGAGACGGUGUUCUUCUUCAUCCCGCGCAAGCUGUACACGUUCCGGCUGUGUCCGAGCACCCGACUGACGCCCACAAACGAGCGGAACACCGCCUGCCUGCCGUCGGUGACGGUCUCGGACGGCUGUCAGCCCGUGGUGGAGCUGACGCUCUCACAGCGGGACCAGCUGGCCGCCACAUUCACCCUGUUCCUGUUGAGAAAUGUCGGCGGUAGUGAGACGUUCUCGGACCGGCGGCGGUUCUUUUACCGCGAGCUGGAGCUGACGGCGGCCGGCCGCUCGCGACGCCCGCUGGCGCUGCACGUGCGCCGUGCCGCGCUGCUGGAGAGCUCGUUGGACGCCCUGCGCGGCGCCUCGACCGGCGACUGGACGCGGCCGUUCGAGGUGCGCUUCGACUCUGAGGAGGCGCUCGACUACGGCGGUGUGCGCCGCGAGUGGUUUGAGCUGGUGUGUGAGGCGCUGUUCGAGCGGCGCGGCGGCCUGUUCGCGCCGCUGGCCGACUCGGGGGAGGGCAGCCAGGCGCUGGUACACCCGCGACCCGCCGCCCGCCGGCCGCAGCACGUCAGACUGCGCCACUUCGAGUUCGCCGGCCGCGUGGCGGGCAAGUGCCUGCUGGAGUCGGCGCAGGGCGGCGCGUCGCGGCAGCUGGUGCGCGCCAGCUUCACCCGCUCGUUCCUGGCGCAGCUGAUCGGCCUGCGCGUCUCAUAUAAGCAUUUCGAGCAGGACGACCCGGAGUUGUACCGGACGAAGGUGACGCUGAUCGAGACGUGUCCGGCCGACGAGCUGGCUGAACUGGAGCUCACCUUCACUGACGAGGAGUUCGGGGAGCGCGGCCAGCUGCUGCAGACCGUGGAGCUGCGCAGUGGCGGCGCGCGCACUCCGGUCACCGCCGAGAACCGGCUCGAGUACCUGCAGUGUCUGGCCCAGUACCGGCUGGCCAACCGCUGCAAGCCGGAGGUGGACGCCUUCCUGCGCGGCCUCAACGACCUGGUGCCCGACAACCUGCUCGGCAUCUUUGACGAGAACGAACUGGAGUUAUUGAUGUGCGGCAGCAGCGAGUUUAGCGUGGCCGAGCUGCGCCGCCACCACACAGUCACUGACCACAACGCCGCCUUCGAGAAGGUGCUCGGCUGGUUCUGGACGGCGCUGGAAAACUUCUCCGCGGAGGAGGGCUCCCGGCUGCUGCAGUUCACCACCGGCUGCGCGCGACUGCCGGCCGGCGGUUUCGCUGAGCUGAUGCCCAAGUUCCAGAUCUCCAGCUACCCAGAGUUCGGCGCGCUGCCCGUGGCGCAUACCUGUUUCAACCAGCUGUGUCUGCCGGACCACGUGAGCUACCAGGAGUUCGAGCGGGCCCUGCUGCUGGCCAUCCGAGAGGGUAACGUCGGCUUCGGACUGUUGUGAGUCGCCUCCGCCGGACGGGGUUGCUACCGGAGAGCGACCGAUGGGGACGCUCAUUGUGUCUGUAGUCGCUGGGUCUCUAUCGUGGCUGCGGCCGGAAAACUCUGGAGAAAAUAGAACACAGAGGGAUGACUCACGAAGGGAAAUACUGCUGGCAAGGACACACGAUGAACUGAGACUGCUACGCUAUAUCACAGUCUUCUCGGAGAAGCCGACCGUGGCUGAAUCUUCAUCAGAGGUGAAUGAUAUUGGCGGAUCGGGUGCGAAUCACGUUUGGUACUGGGUGGUGGCAAUUUCUGCUCAGGAUGAUGUGAUCUGAUUGUUGUAUGGCACGCCAUUCAGCAUAAAGCUGAGACUGAACGGUUCCAGGCUGAACCCGAACUGAACUGCUACUAUUUAUGAUUUAUUAGCGUCGAACUAAGUUUAUUACUGGUGUGUGGGAACUGGCAGCUGAUAUGAUUGCGUGGGUGCUCAAACACGGACGAGAAUAUAGACAGGACAUUAUUUAUGCGAUGUGAUAGUCACCGGACAUGUAGUCACCGGCGAUUGUUGUGAAUGAGGUACUUAACCUAACUGUAGUCUUUUGCUCUGAGUUCUAGUCGCAGCUGCUUUACCUCCAUUCAAAACUGCCGGGACCAAGGCGUGAACCGGUUGUUUUUGUAUUUCGUGCUUUCGGGAGGGAUGCAAUGGAAGUGAUGGUAUGCAUAUCCUAGCAAUGCAGUGUCGUGGUUCCUUAUAUUACGGCGGUGGGGUCAAUGUGAUUCUUUCUUUGUUAGACAGCCGUCACGUGGACGCGUAAUAGCCGAAACUGAAGCUGAGAGGCUUGAGGCCCAGGCCGUGUAUUAGGAUAACAGAUACUAUAUCGAAGUAUGUAUUCGCUGUGAUCGGGAUUGCCCUGCCGUUUGUGCCGCUGUAUUGCCCACUGGUGUUACAGUGCUUCCAGGAUGUUAAGGAGGUCUGCCAUAAUCUGGAGGUCACAUAGAAUGCGCUGCUUGUAUGAAUAGAAAUGAAUUAAAUAGCAGCAUGUGGCGUGGCGUCACAUAGCCAGAGGACAGUAUCGUGUGUAUGGGAAGUGGAACUCUGCAGUAUAAAGGCCUCACGCUGCAAUUCGUCUGUGUUGAUAUGCUUUCUAUCGAGUCGCGGGGCUGCUGCUAUGUAGUAUGACCUUUAUAAGCAUAAACUAUGAACUCGACUUGUAUGUACCUUGUGCAAUAUAUCGAGAAACCAUAUCAUUCCGUUGACCCGGGCCUUUCGGUAUCGAAUAAGGGGGACAGGCCACACUUCAUUCUCAUGUAAAUUAUGUCGGAAAACUGUUCCCUGUUAGUACGAUUGUUCUGGUUUUAGUCAGCGCUGUCCUUUCUGUUCGCGCACGCAUGCCUCAGUGGCUGAUAAGUUGGUGAGAACGACGGUGGUGUGUGUGUGCUUGCGCCGCUCGUCUCUCUUCAGGGCUGCCCCCGCGGUGAUACUGUGAUAGACGCGCUGAACCGAGAUAGCCCCGGCUGGGGCGACGCAGCUCGCUCAGACAGGUAAAAUAUACAGCCAGUGAACAGCG